AUGGAGUUGAGUGUGCCCCACACUUGUUUUGUAAACCGCAAUCCAUCAUCUUCCUCUUCUCCGCUCCUCAAAUCUAGGUUCAACUCAAUGGAGUCGCAGAGAGCAACAAUAUGCAGCGCCUCUUCUCUCGUCAAGGACCAUGGCUCUGCGACAACCACUGAUUCUCCUGUGGAUACUGAUCGAAUUGGGUCGGUAAAAAGGGUUACGAAUGAAACGAAUGUGGCGGUGAAAUUAAACUUGGAUGGUGUUGGUUCACCUGAUAGCAGCACUGGAAUUCCCUUUCUUGAUCACAUGUUAGAUCAACUUGCUUCCCAUGGAUUAUUUGAUGUGCAUGUGAAAGCUGUUGGUGAUACUCACAUUGAUGAUCAUCAUACUAAUGAAGAUGUUGCCCUUGCCAUUGGAACGGCUUUGCUUAAUGCACUUGGUGAUAGGAAAGGAAUUAACAGAUUUGGUGACUUCACAGCUCCACUUGAUGAGGCACUUGUACAUGUUUCUCUGGAUUUAUCUGGAAGACCACAUUUAAGUUAUGACUUACAGAUUCCUACUGAGAGAGUUGGAACAUAUGACACACAGCUUGUGGAGCAUUUUUUCCAGUCUUUGGUCAAUACAUCUGGAAUGACACUUCACAUCCGCCAGCUUGCUGGAAAAAAUUCUCACCAUAUCAUUGAGGCAACAUUCAAAGCAUUUGCAAGGGCUCUUAGACAAGCAACCGAAUACGACCCAAGACGCCGUGGGACUGUGCCCAGCUCAAAAGGGGUGUUGUCUCGUUCCUGAAGAGCUUUGAAAGGAAACAGUAACACACAAUUGUGGAUGUUAUGCUAUUAUAUCAAUCAGAUAGAUGAAGGUAUCAAUGUUGGAGGCAACAGGGAGGUAUAAUUUAGAAGAGAGACUCAAAGAUCUUGUAUUCUGCAUGAGUUUUGAGUUUAUGGACUCGUAUUUCUUCCAUGAAAUUUCCAAUAAUUCUCAUUUCGUAUGGGACUUUCAUUUUGCAAUGUUUUGCGACUAAAGAGUUAUUUGGAACUUGAGUGCCUUUGCAAAACAAUGAUGACAACGUUAUCUCUCACAACCACACCCUUCUUUACCAAACCUAACAGCAUACAUAUCAUCUUAUUGCCUAAUAGAAGCUAUCUAGGAUUAAUCUCAUAAAUGGGUAAUCAACCAUUUGUUACGAAAAGCGAUUGUCCUGAAGAUGUCUUAAAGCUGAUAACAAACUAUUAUUUUUUAAAUACCG